CUUCGAGUUCGUUCGAAUCAUGGGAGCAUGAGAGCGGCGGUCCGCACGAGGCGGCCGCAGCGGCCACAGCCACAGCCGUCGCCGGCGACGAGGGCUAAGCCGGAGGAAGUCCGCGCUCCCCUAAGCCUCCCGCUAAGGGCGUUCAAGCUCCGCCUAGCCAAUGGCACGCCGCUCGCGCCCACUGCGAAGGCCUUCAAGUCCUACGCCGAGACCUGCGCCUCCCUCCUCCGCCUCUGUCGCGCAACCAGCGCCGUCUCCAGCAACGUUCCUGCUUCCUCGGUCUCCUCCGCCUUGACGCUCGUCCGCACGCUGCACGCACAUGCCCUCGGCUCCGGCCUCGCCGCCGACCGCUCCGUCGCGUCGAACUUGCUGACCGCCUACGCUGCCUUCGCCAGCACCGCGGACCGCGACCGGGCCUUCCGCGAUUGUCUCGCCACAGGUGCGGUCUCUUCAUUCGCGUAUGACUUCAUGGUGUCGGAGUACGUGAAGGCUGGGGAGAUCGCCACCGCUUGCAGGCUGUUCGACAGAAUGCCCGAGAGGAGUGUCGUGUCAUACACAACCAUUGUCGACGCGCUCAUGAAGCGCGGGUCUGUGAGGGACGCGGUUGAGCUGUAUGAACGGUGCCCACUCUGCUCGGUUGCCUUCUUCACCGCGAUGAUUGCUGGGUUCGUCCGCAAUGAGCUCCACACCGGUGCGCUCCCUGUGUUUCACGAAAUGCUAAGCCGCAGUGUGAGACCUAACGUGGUUACACUGAUUUGUGUGAUCAAGGCAUGUGCGGGUGCAGGUGAAUUUGACCUAGCCAUGAGUGUGGUGGGAUUGGCGAUCAAAUGGAACUUGUUUGAGAAGAACAUCGAGGUACGUAAUUCUUUGAUCACUUUGUACCUAAGAAUGGGAGAUGCAGCCGCAGCACGUAGGGUGUUUGAUGAGAUGGAGGUGAGGGAUGUUGUCUCAUGGACUGCAUUACUUGAUGUGUAUGCUGAGUUGGGUGAUCUCGAGGGAGCUCGACGGGUUCUUGAUGCAAUGCCUGAGAGGAACGAGGUCUCAUGGGGUACUUUGAUUGCAAGACAUGAGCAGAAAGGUGAUGCUGCAGAAGCAGCGAGGCUGUACGGUCAAAUGCUCGCUGACGGUUGUAGGCCAAACAUUUCAUGCUUCUCUAGUGUGCUCAGUGCUUGUGCUACCCUUCGGGACCUAAGAGGAGGAACAAGGAUCCAUGCCAAUGCCCUGAAGGUGGGAUCCAGCAGCAAUGUGUUCGUGUCCUGCUCUCUGAUUGACAUGUACUGCAAAUGCAAGCAGUGCAUAGAUGCACGAAGGAUUUUUAAUUCCCUCCCACAAAAGAACAUAGUGUGCUGGAACUCUCUUAUUUCAGGUUAUAGCUGGAACGGAAAAAUGGUGGAAGCUGAGGAGCUCUUCAAGCAGAUGCCUGCAAGGAAUGCAGCUUCAUGGAAUACGAUCAUUUCUGGUUAUGCAGAAAAUCGACGAUUUAUUGAUGCACUUGAAUCUUUCAGUGCAAUGUUGGCUUCAGGGCAUAUUCCAGGGAAAAUUACCUUCUCAAGUGUUCUUCUUUCGUGUGCAAGCUUGUGCUCUCUAGAGAUGGGCAAGAUGUCUCAUGCUAAGAUUGUCAGGCUUGGAAUUGAGGAUAACAUCUUUAUGGGGACUGCGCUUAGUGACAUGUAUGCCAAGUCAGGUGAUUUGGAGAGCUCCAAGAGGAUAUUUUAUCAAAUGCCUGAAAGAAACGAUGUUACUUGGACUGCCAUGGUUCAGGGACUGGCUGAAAAUGGUUUCGCAGAAGAGUCUAUUUUGUUGUUUGAGAAUAUGGUGGCCAAUGGAAUAGUUCCAAAUGAGCAUACAUUUUUAGCUAUUCUAUUUGCUUGUUCCCACAGUGGCUUGGUGGAACAAGCUGUACAUUAUUUUGAAGCAAUGCAGUCACACGGCAUCCCACCUCAAGAGAAGCACUACACUUGCAUGGUUGAUGUCCUAGCUCGAGCUGGUCGUUUGGCAGAGGCAGAAGAGCUUCUCAUGAGGGUUCCAAGUAAAUCAGAAGCAAAUUCAUGGUCCGCUCUUCUGAGUGCUUGCAACACUUACAGGAACAAGGAAAUUGGUGAGAGGGCAGCAAAGAGACUUCAUGAGUUGGAGAAGGAUCAUACUGCAGGCUUUGUGCUACUCUCGAACAUGUAUGCAUCUUGUGGAAAAUGGAAAGAUGCUGCUGAGAUGAGGAUACUGAUGAAAGGGGCUAGCCUUAAGAAAGAUGGUGGGUGCAGCUGGUUGCAAUUAAGGGGACAAUAUCACGCCUUCUUUUCUUGGGAAGUGAAGCAUCCACUGUCAUUGGAAAUUUAUGAGAUCUUGGAUUCGCUGACAUGGGAAUCGACUACUUGAAUUUGUUAUGAUGGUCGGUCGCUAAUAGGGACAGUUUUGAGCAGAUGAGGAUUCAUGUGUCUUCUCCAGUUUCAUGAAGUAGCAGCAUAUAGUUGUUUAUGGAGAAUUAUUUGAAGGAAAUUGAGUUUGACUUCGCAAAUGAUGGUUCUCUUGAUGCACUGAGUUCCACAGGUAUUCAAUGAUAUCUUCUUCUAAAUAAUGAUCAGCAAAGUCUAUAGGCAGGUCAUGAAUGCUUUCAUGGAGGAGAAUGACGUUCUAGGGUUAUUGCAAAUGAAUUAAUUGAUUUUGAACAAUAUUAUCAUGAUGAUCUACUUCACCCAUUUCCCGAAGCAUUUGGGUAUUUGGCAAUGCGUGAUGGUUCACAUGAUUUGAUGUAAACCAGCUUUAGAAGAACAACAGAGAAAAUGCAACUCUUCCUUUCGGAAAAUUUGAAUUUGUUUACUGCACCUUUCCUGGGCACCUCUGCGAUGCCCUCAAGUGAAAAUUACAGUGGUGAUGCUCCAAAGGAUGUAAAUAUACUGCGAGCAUUUCAAGCUUAAGUCUAAGCAUAGCAUGCUGCAAUGGGCUGGCUUAACUGACAUGUGACCCUGGUUUGGUGCUAUGGGUUCACUUUUGAGGUGGAUGAAUUACCUAUGAAGGGUUCCAGCAUUCCAGUUGGACAAGAAGGAAUUUCUAAUAAAGUUUGGGCAGGUCUUCAGAACUUGAAGCACCAUUUACCACGAAAGUCAGAUUACAUAGUCUUUGAUGUUCUUUAUGCAUUCAGAUCUGGCUCUCUUACCCAUAUGGGAUGAUCUCUGGGACUGUGCAGAUACUUCGCUUUCUAAGGUCCUAUUUGUUUCGAAUCGUAAAAGCUGGAUUAUGAUCAUAAUCUGUAAACUGAAACAAAUAGCUAGAUUGUAAAAACUGAAUUGUGAUCACAAUCUGUAAGUUGAAAUAAACAUCUGGAUUGUAAAAGCUGGAUUAUUACAAUUCAGUCUUCAGAUUGUAAUAAUUUAGUAAUCCACCUUCCACCAUCUUUUACAAUUCACAAUCCAGAUUGUUACAAUAUAGCUUUUACAAUUUAUCUUUUUACAAUUCAUAAUCUACAAGUU